AUGGUGGUCUUUGAGAUGAAGGGUCUGAGUUUAUUGCUGUUGCUGCUACUUGGGGUAGUUGGUGCUGCGGAUGUGUGGCGUCAAUUUGAAGGGCAGCCAUUUCCAUGGAGGAAGGUGAAAUCUACAGUUGAACCAUUGGCAUCGGCUGCGGUAUUGCAGGUGGUGCCUAGUGUGUCUCCUUUGCGUACAGUGGUGGCGCAGUGUGGGGAGCGCAAUCUGCUGGUCUUGGUGCGUAUGGAUUUAUUUGGAACGAAGCACCUGGUUAACGUUGCGGACCUAACACUGGGGCCGGGAGGGUGCCGGCCAACAGACGACUCUCCUCAAAACCAGACCGCUUUGUUUAAUUAUGGACUCCACGAAUGCGGGACUAAACUGCAGGUGGUUGGAGAUUUUCUCGUCUACGCCACCUACCUGAACUACACCCCGAAGUCUCAUGGAGCGACCAUUGUACGAACCAAUGGAGCAGUUGUCCCCAUUCAGUGCCAUUAUUUCAGGAAAGGUAACGUGAGCAGUGACCCGAUCAAACCCACCUGGAUCCCGUUCAGCUCCACCAAGUCUGCAGAGGGGCAUCUGUCAUUCUUCCUGCGUCUAAUGAAUGAUGACUGGCUGACAGAGCGCACCUCAGCCACCUACUACCUCGGUGAGCUCAUCCACAUCGAAGCUUCAGUUUCAAUGACUAACCACAUGCCCCUGAAACUUUACAUUGACCGCUGUGUGGCCACAUUGAGCCCGGACAGGGACUCCAUCCCGAGUUACAACAUCAUAGACUACAAUGGUUGCCUCUUAGACAGCGCAGCCGAGGACUCCUUUUCCACCUUCACGUUACCAGGAGGUGAACGUGAACGCGAGCCGGAUAAGCUCCGGUUUGACCUGGACGCCUUCCGCUUCUUUGGCGAUGACCGUUCCUUGAUUUUCAUCACUUGUCUGUUGAAAGUCACCACGGUGGAACGCAGCGAUUCCCGGAGCAAAGCCUGCACUUUCCAGAAGAUACAUUCCAUCUGGACCUCGCUGGAAGAAUCUAGCGACGAUGUCUGCGCCUGUUGUCGGAAGGGCAACUGUACUGUUACAACGCAGGAUCUGGUUGCUCCCAGAUUCCGGAGAGACAUUGAGGCGUUAACGGGUUCCCAGUCUCCACACUCGCAGUAG